AUGUCGACUUACUCUCAAGAUGACGAGCACGAUCCCCAGGCAGAUGAGCUCCGGGAAACGGCCCUGGUCACGCUGGAAACCCUUAUCAGUGCCUGCGGUCCUCAGAUGCAGCCCUACAUGCCUUACGCCGUCAAUGCCGCCCUACGCUACCUGAAAUACGAUCCUAAUGUCGCCGAGAUCGAAGACGAGGAAAUGAGUGGCACCCAGGACGACGGCUCCGAAGAUGACGUAACAGAGGUUCCUGAUCUGGAGGACGAUGAUGAAUUCGAAGACUUCGAGGAAGAAGGAGGAUACAGUGACAUUGAUGACAUGAGCUGGAAAGUUCGCCGAUGUGCUGCUAAAUUGCUGUACAGCGUUAUCGCCACCUACGGUCAUAGCCGCGCGCUAGAUGAAGCCUCCCUGUAUCAACAAAUCUCGCCCGCUCUAAUCGCUCGGUUCAAUAAAGAGAGGGAGGAAAGUGUGAAGCUGGAAGUGAUCUCCACCAUGACUGCUCUCGUUCGGAAGACUGGGGACGGCUCCAUGAUUAUAACCUCCAAUAGCUUCCUUGAGGCUGUGGGUGGCUCAAAGAAUUCCCGAAAACGCAGACGGCAAGACUCCGAUGCAAACAUGAUCGACUUCGAGCCAGGCCUUGGCACCUCCUCCGCUGUCAGCACUCCGAUUGUGACUCCGACCUCCCCCAAGUCUGGCGCUCAGGCAGAGUUGGCCCGCUCUGUGCCUACAAUCGUGCAGAGCAUUGUCAAGAUGUGGAAGCAAGCUUCUGUACCCUUGAAGCAAGCAAUCAUUGCCUUACUCAAAAGCUUGGCUCUUGUUCGCUACGGGGGCUUGACUGAUCAUCUACAACAGAUUGAAGAUCCCAUAGCUGAUGUUCUAAAAUCUUCUAUCUCCAGCAGCUCCUCCGCUUCGCUCGGUGCUUCUGCUAGCACUGGCACUCUUCAGACUGAAACAUUGAGUCUUGUCUCCGCCAUCGCUGAAACACACACGUCGGAUUCUCUUCUGCCUUUCUUGAUUGCUCUGAUUCCUGGCGUCAUUGCUGCUGUCAACGAUCGUAACUACAAAGUCAGCAGUGAGGCACUGGGCGCCGUCGAACAGAUUGUGAAGGCACUUACGCCUCCUCGAGUAGCUAACACGUCCCAGGACCUCGCUACUCAGCUGGAAAGAUUGUACGAUGUGGUACUCGCACGCAUCACUGAUACGAGCGCUGAUUUAGAGGUUCGUCAACGGGCUAUCCAUGUCUUCGGUGUGCUAUUGGCGCGCACUUCUGGUGAAACCGGUGCUACAUUCGUCUCACUUGACCGUCGUUCUAAAGGCCUUACAAUUCUGGUUGAUCGCCUGCGAAACGAGACCACCCGCCUUGCAGCAGUUCGUGCUGUCGAUGAUGUUGCUGUUCUCUGCACUCGUGACGCGGAUGUCAGUGCCUCUUGGGUGAGCGAAGUCACAGCAGAGCUUGGAGCACAGCUUCGAAAGUCAGAUCGUGUUCUUCGGGGAGCCAGCUUGGAGGCUCUGCGCAGCCUUGCUAUGAAUCCUCACACAAAGGACCAUUAUGAACCCAACACCAUGAAGGAGCUGGAGGACUGCCUUCUGCCACUUAUAAGCGCCGAGGACUUUCAUUUCCUCUCUCCCUCGCUUAUUAUCCUUGGGAAGCUUAUACCUGGUAAUGCUUCGCUUCUAGUUAAUGACAAUCUGGUUGCUGCACUCUGCUCUGUUGUCCUUUCGCCUCUCGUUGGAACAGUACUGAAAGCCAUGCUCUUGGUAGUCAAGGUUAUCGGAGAGGAGGGAGCUGGAGCGGGAUUGAUGAAGAAGCUGUUGCGCGAUGUCGGUAUCAACGGUGACACAUCCGUGGUUGGGCGAGCGAUUGGGACGCUCCUCGUUCAUGGCGGGCCUAAUUUGGGUGUCAAGAUGGAGGAUUUCAUGACCGAACUGCAGACCGCGCCGGAUGCUCAGCGGAAAUGCCUUGCCCUCGCUAUCCUUGGCGAGAUCGGUCUUCGAAUGGGCGCCAGCUGUUCGCUAACUCCGCAGCUUUUCAUUGCCCAUUUCAACUCCAAGUCCGAUAAGGUUCGUUUGGCUGCAGCCGCAGCUCUUGGGAACGCGGCGGCGGGCAAUGUCAAAGCAUACUUGCCUACCAUUCUCAGUGGUCUGAAAAAGGACGAUCCGCAAAGCUACUUGUUACUUCACUCUGUGAAGGAACUGUUACAGCAUCCCGAAAUUGUCAGACCCGAUCUAGCUCCUGCCGCGGCCAAACUUUGGCAAGCACUCCUUCUUGUCUCCGAAGUAGAAGACAACCGUGCUGUUGGCGCGGAAUGUGUUGGUCGUCUGGCCCUGAUUGACCCGGUUGCCUACAUCCCUCAUUUCCAGGAUCACCUCUCCAACGCGGAUGCGAGUAUUCGCGGUGUUGUUAUUUCUGCCUUCCGUUACACACUCUCUGACUCCAGAGAUACAUACAACGACGUCCUUAGACCCAUCAUCGUUCCCCUCCUCGUCAACAUGCUCAGUGACAAAGACCUGGGCAAUCAUCGUCUCGCACUGACGACUCUUAAUUCCGCCAUUCACAACAAGAUGGACAUCCUCGUGCCCCACCUUAAUGAACUCCUUCCCGCCGUCUUCGACGACGCCAAGCUCAGACCUGAGCUCAUCCGUGAAGUCCAAAUGGGGCCUUUCAAGCAUCGCGUCGACGAUGGCCUAGAACUCCGCAAGUCCGCUUACGAGACCCUUUACGCGUCCCUCGACACAACCUUCACCCUCCAACACAUGGGCCAAUUCUUCGACCGCAUCCUCGCGGGUAUCGACGAUGAACAGGACAUCCGCACCAUUUCGAACUUGAUGACCUCCAAGCUUGUCCACAUCGCGCCCGAAGAGACCCAGCGCCACCUCGAUGCGCUCUCGGAGCGGUUCACUGCCAUUCUCUCCUUCAAGCCCAAGGAGAAUGCCGUCAAGCAGGAACUCGAGAAGGCGCAGGAGGCCUCGUUAGGUGUUCUGAAGAUCAGCCGGGAGCUGAUCAAGGCUUUCCCUAGCGCUGAAACCUCUGCGGACCACCACAAGUGGAAGGCUUAUGUAGAGUGGAUCCGGAAGACCUUCACCUCCCAAAUGAAGACUCUGGAGGCGGAAUUAUGA